AUGUCCUUUUUGGGUAAAGAAACACAGAUUACGUCAUCUGGUCAGGCCUUAGCCCUUAAUACGGAAGCAAUAUCCCAAUUAGCCGCAACAAUCAAGAAUGGAUUUGGACCAAAUGGGGCCGUUAAGUUACUAAUCACACCAGCUGGAGAGAUUAGAUUGGUUAAAGAUGGCUUAACUUUAUUGAAAAACAUUCAACUUGCUCAACCCGGUGCUGUUCUCUUAUCGAAUAUUGUGACUCAACAAGGUUCUGAUUUUGGUGAUGGUGUAACUUCAACUGUUAUUUUAGCUUCAGCUAUGCUUACUAAGUCUUUAGAGUACGUUUAUGAAGGCAUUCAUCCCCAAACUAUUAUUGCGGGUCUUAUUAAGAAAGAAGCAGAAAUUCUGAGCAGUUUAGCCCAAAUGAAGAUCCCCAUUACUGAAAAUCAAGAGACCUUAUCUCAACUUUUACUAACAACUUUAAGAUCUAAGUUUUCAGCUACUCAAGCCCAAAGCUUUGCUGAAAUCUUGAUAUCAGCCGUAAAAACAGUUACUAAUCAAGAUAAUUCCGUUGACUUAAAGAUGUUAGAGGUUAUGAAAAUGGUUAAUAUUGAUUCAAUUGAACCCUUAAGACUAAUUAAGGGAUUAGUACUUGAUCAUGGAGGCCGACAUCCUAUGAUGCCUAAGAAACUUCAAAAUGUCUUUAUUCUUUGCACUAACCUUUCCUUUGAAUACGAAACCACUGAAAUCAAGUCACAAUUUUACUACAAGAACACCAGGGAAAAGAUGGCGAUGGAAGUUGAAGAAAGAAAGGGACUGAUGUUGCGUAUUCAAAAGGUCAUUGAAACAAUGCAAUCUUUAGCUAUGGAAAAUCAAUCUCAAAAUCCACAAUUUAUGUUGAUUACGCAAAAAGGUAUUGAUCAGUAUGCCCUGGAAGUCUUUGCCAAGUAUAAUGUACUGGCUUUGCGUCGGGCUAAGAAGCGUAAUAUGGAAAGACUGCAGAGACUGACUGGAUGUAAACCGGUUAAUUCUUUGGCUGAUUUGACUAAAGAUGCUUUUGGAUUUGCUGGAUCUGUGCGAGAAAUCACUAUUGGUGAAGAUAAGUACACUUUUAUUGAAAAGACGCCAUUUAGUAAUACUUGUACUUUGCUUAUCCAAGGUAUUUCGCCCUACCAAAUGGAGUAUCUUGAAGCAGCAGUUAAAUCUUCUUUGCAAGCAGUGGCUAAAGGUAUUGCGGAUCAAGGAAGUUUACCAGGUGGUGCUUCUAUCUUUUCUAAACUAGCUGGGCAACUUAAGCACGAUGCAAGUCUUGACGACCAAAUAGCAACUAGUAUUUGGCAAGAGGCUUUACUUACACUGCCGAAGACGCUUACUAAGAAUCUGGGGUACAAUGCUUUACAAACUCAAGCCCAGAUAUCUAGUAGUCAGCAUGCCCAUCCUACUAUUUCAACUAGUAAUGGAGAAAUUGUUGAUGCACUGGAAAGCUCAUUACUUGAUAACUAUUCGGCAACGGCUAAUCUUAUUCAGGCGGCACUAAUGGCUGCUACUAAGGUUCUUAUGGUUGAUGAGAUCAUUAAGGGUGGUAAGGAGGUGAAAUAA